GCUGCGCUGGCGCUGCUGCUGGGGGUGCUGCAUUGGGUGCCGGUGGGCGGCCAGGAGUACGACUACUACGGGUGGCAGACCCAGCCGCUGCACGGGCGCUCGUACUCCAAGCCUCCGCAGUGCCUCGACAUCCCCGCGGACCUGCCUCUCUGCCACACCGUGGGCUACAAGCGCAUGCGGCUGCCCAACCUCCUAGAGCACGAGAGCCUGGCGGAGGUGAAGCAGCAGGCUAGCAGCUGGCUGCCACUGCUGGCCAAGCGCUGCCACUCAGACACGCAGGUCUUCCUUUGCUCGCUCUUCGCGCCAGUCUGCCUCGACCAGCCCAUCUACCCGUGCCGCUCACUGUGCGAGGCCGUGCGCGCCGGCUGCGCGCCGCUCAUGGAGGCCUACGGCUUCCCCUGGCCCGAGAUGCUGCACUGCCACAAGUUCCCCCUGGACAACGACCUCUGCAUCGCUGUGCAGUUCGGGCACCUGCCCGCCACCGCGCCUCCAGUGACCAAGAUCUGCGCCCAGUGUGAGAUGGAGCACAGUGCCGACGGCCUCAUGGAGCAGAUGUGCUCCAGUGAUUUUGUGGUCAAAAUGCGCAUCAAGGAGAUCAAGAUAGAGAACGGGGAACGGAAGCUGAUUGGAGCCCAGAAAAAGAAGAAGCUGCUCAAGCCGGGGCCCCUGAAGCGCAAAGACACCAAGAGGCUGGUGCUCCACAUGAAGAACGGCGCGGGCUGCCCCUGCCCGCAGCUGGACAGCCUGGCCGGCAGCUUCUUGGUCAUGGGCCGCAAAGUGGACGGACAGCUGCUGCUCAUGGCUGUCUACCGCUGGGACAAGAAGGAUAAGGAGAUGAAGUUCGCUGUCAAGUUCAUGUUCUCCUACCCCUGCUCCCUCUACUACCCCUUCUUCUAUGGGGCCGCUGAGCCCCACUGAAGGGCGCCCCUCCCUGCCCCACCAGCCAGCUGUGUCCUCGCCCCUGGGGCACACUGUCACCUCCUGCCCCCGUGGCCUCGCCUCCAGUUCCAAGCUAACCUGGUCCCUGUGGGAAGGUGGUUACCAGCACAGGCCCUAAGGGAUGGGCGUGGAGCCUGGGCUGUCCUUGACCGAGGGGUUCUGGGGCUUUCUUAUUUGGGGGUAAACCCCUAGGAUCUCAGAAAGCAGGCGGCAGGAGAGAACAAGGGAAGGGUGGAGGGGCUCUGAGCCGCCUGGGUAGGUUCUGGAAUGGACCGUGGUGUCAGCUCCCCUCUGCUGGUUGGGGGGGCCUUGCCUUGGAGAGGGAAGUCUUGAUAUUAGGCUGAGCUACUUGGGGGACAGUUCUCCAUCCCCACUGCCCUUUCAUGUGGCCUCUCAUGGCCCCCAAAGGAAAGGCAUUAGGGGCACAGUGCCUCCAGCCACACCUCCCCACUGUCCCCGUCGUCUCUGCCUGGUUCCCUUCCCCCUGGACUGGAGAGAAGCCCAGCCCAGCCCCCCUCCCACGUACUCGCUUCUCGGGUUCAUUCUUCAGCCUCCCACAUGUCCUUCGACCCUAAUGACGAGUAAAUUAUUGCUACUGCUACGAGGCCAUAGGUACUAGACUGAUGCAGGUAGGGGUUGGUUUUUAAGUUUUUAAGGUUUUAAUUAAAUAAAACAACAGUUGGUUUUGA